AUGACUGUCAGCUCUGUCACGUUGGUUUGUCUCUUUCUGUCUUUAUUCCUGGUCCCUCCGUGUCAGUCGGGCUGUCGGGAGGCAGGUCUGUGUUGCACUGGCCGGGACCAGUCGUGCAUCAGCAAAGGAUGGAGGUCUGACCGAUCCUAUGGCACCUGCUACUGUGACCAAGUCUGCGUCCACACCCUGGACUGCUGCCACGACUAUGAGACGGCCUGCCCAGCGCUGUCCUGUGUGGUGAGUGAGUGGACAGAGUGGUCAGGCUGUGCACAACCCUGUAAGGCCACAGUUCGCAGGCGGAGCAGGACGAUCCUGCAGGAGCCGCUCAACGCAGGCAAGCCAUGUCCUCAUCUGGAGGAACACGCUGGCUGCGCAGACGCUGGUCGCAGCAAGGGAGCUCAGCAAGGGAGCUGUCACAAUCCACUUGUCCCAGCACUGAUUAUCACUGGUGGCUAUGGCAACGCAAGGAAGAAAAGAGACAUCCCUGACAGCAGCGACAUUAUAGGGUAUUGCGUACAGUUUCAAUUGACAUCUCUGACAAAAGGAUGCCAGCAGAGUUCAGGCCCACACACCCAAUGGAUGCAGCACCUGAGGGAGGGGCACCACGUAUGUGUCGAGUGCCAGCCUCCUGCUCUUGCUGCUGGACAGACACACUGCGCUGGAGAUGGAGAGGAAUAUGAGGAUGAGGACAGAGUACAGUCUCUCCUGUGGCAGGCGGUGGGGAACCCUCGAUGCAGGGGUGUGUGGAGGCGUGUUGGGAGGCUGGAGGCCUGUUCCUGUCCAACAGCCCACAGUUUCCUCUUCAUCUAACCUCCUCCUUCCUUCUGUGAGCCUUCCUCCUGCACAUAUUUACUCAAACUCGUGUACAAAGAACAAUCUGCCAGAAUAAAUAGAA